AUGUUUCCGUAUGGAAAAUAUUUUUAUAAAUACACAAACAUUAAAAAGCAAACACGAAAAAAAAAAAAAAAAAAAUUUUUUUUAAUAACAUCGGCGUGUGGUCGGCCAUAUCGUGACGUUACAUUCAUUCGUGUUUUCGAAUUAUCGUUCCAGUUGGAAUUUUCCAGAACUUUCUACGUCAUCGAUGAAAAAUUAAUAAUUUUUAUUAAUUUGUUGAUAUUUUCUAUAGGGAAUUGCGACGACUCGACCGUCGGACCGAUAUUGAUCAAGGAACCCCCGAAUCGAGUUGAUUUUUCAAACACGACCGGUGCCGAAGUCGAAUGUUCCGCAAGAGGAAAUCCAACACCUGAAAUCAUAUGGGUACGAUCCGAUGGUACGGCUGUGGGUGACGUACCAGGAUUGAGACAGGUACUACCGAACGGAAAUCUCGUUUUCCCACCGUUUCGCGCCGAGGAUUACAGACAGGAAGUACACGCUCAGGUUUACGUUUGUCUGGCGAAAAAUUCAGUCGGAUCCAUUCAUUCGAGGGAUGUCAACGUGAGAGCAGUUGUCACGCAGUUCUACGUCACCGAAGCCGAAAACGAAUACGUCAUACACGGUAAUUCGGCCGUUAUGAAAUGCAAAAUCCCCAGUUUCGUCGCUGAUUUUGUCAGCGUCAUUGCAUGGGUAUCGGAUGACGGAGAGACAUACAUUCACUCCUCAGACGUUAACAACUAUGAUGGAAAAUAUUUGGUUUUACCAUCGGGUGAACUUCACAUAAGGGACGUAGGACCGGAAGACGGUUACAAAUCUUAUCAGUGUCGUACAAAACACAGGCUGACAGGAGAAACGAGAUUGAGCGCGACAAAAGGUCGUCUUGUUAUCACAGAGCCAGUCGGGAGCACGAAACCGAAACUUCAUAGUUUGGACAUAAUAAGAAUAAUAAUCGAAUCCCGUCGGGAUUUCACGUUGAUGUGCCCGGCUCAGGGUUUCCCAGUUCCAGUUUAUCGGUGGUACAAAUUCGUGGAUGGAACGUCUAGGAAACAGGCGGUGACGUUGAACGACAGAAUCAAACAAGUGAGCGGAACGUUGAUAAUAAAGGAAGCCAAAGUCGAAGACAGCGGAAAAUAUCUUUGCGUCGUGAAUAAUUCCGUGGGAGGAGAAAGCGUGGAAACGGUUUUGACGGUGACGGCACCUUUGUCGGCGACCAUAGAACCCACGACUCAAACUGUCGAUUUCGGACGUCCCGCAAGUUUUUCGUGCAAUUUCAAAGGGAAUCCGGUGAAAACCGUGAGCUGGCUCAAAGAUGGAAAAUCCAUCGAUCACGAGGAACCCGUUUUGAGAAUCGAAUCCGUUAAGAAAGACGAUCGAGGAAUGUAUCAGUGCUUCGUUCGUAACGAUCAAGAGUCGGCACAGGCAUCGGCGGAACUUAAAUUGGGCGGAAGAUUCGAACCUCCUCAGAUAAGGCACGCAUUCGACGAAGAAAUCAUACAACCCGGAACUCCGGUGUUUUUGAAAUGUAUCGCUUCCGGUAAUCCGACACCGGAAAUCGCAUGGGAACUCGAUGGGAAAAAAUUAUCAAACAACGACAGGUUGCACGUGGGUCAAUACGUGACGGUGAACGGAGACGUCGUGUCUCAUUUGAACAUAUCGUCCAUUCACACGAACGACGGAGGUUUGUACAAAUGCGUGGCAUGGUCGAAAGUCGGAACCGUCGAACAUUCCAACAAGUUGAACGUGUACGGAGCACCCUUCGUCAAACCCAUGGAAAAGAAAGCCAUCGUCGCUGGAGAAAUGCUCGUCGUGACUUGUCCCGUCGCUGGAUAUCCCAUCGAUAGCAUAGUGUGGGAACGAGACGGAAGAGUUUUACCCAUCAACAGAAAGCAAAAAGUUUUUUCAAACGGAACACUCAUCAUUGAAAACGUGGAAAGGCAAAGCGAUCAAGCGACGUACACGUGCGUGGCUAAAAAUCCACAGGGACUCACGUCGAGGGAAAAAUUAGAAGUUCAAGUCAUGGUUCCGCCGCAAAUUUCGCCUUUUACUUUUGGAGAUGCUCCAUCGGAUGCUGGAAAUUUGGUUGUCGUUCAAUGCGCCGUCAUCAAAGGAGAUUCACCGAUUGUCAUCUCGUGGGAUUUCAACGGGGAAUCCCUUAACGGUGAUAAUUUGGGGAUCGAAGUAAACGUAUUGAAUAAGAGAGUUAGUUCUUUGACGAUCGAAUCCGUGACCGCGAAAAAUGCCGGAAAUUAUACUUGCAAUGCGAAAAAUUCCGCCGGAACGUUUAGUUACACGUCACAACUUGUCGUCAACGUACCACCCAGAUGGAUAUUGGAACCGACCGACAAAGCUUUCGCACAGGGAAGCGAUGCUAAAAUCGAAUGUAAAGCAGACGGUUUUCCCAAACCUCAAGUCACGUGGAAACGAGCAGCCGGUGACACACCCGGAAAUUACAUUGAUCUCAAACCUAACAAUCCGAACAUGAUAGUCGAAGAUGGAACUCUGUCAAUUUUGAACAUUCAAAAAUCAAACGAAGGAUAUUACAUGUGCGAAGCCGUUAACGGAAUCGGAAGCGGAUUGUCCGCCGUCAUAUUGAUAAGCGUUCAAGCUCCCCCGCAUUUUGACAUCAAAUUAAGGAAUCAAACGUCGAGAAGAGGAGAACCGACGGUUUUACAAUGCGAAGCCAAAGGUGAAAAACCCAUCGGAAUAAUAUGGAACAUGAACAAAAAGAGACUCGAUCCCAAAAGCGACAGCAGGUACACUAUAAGAGAAGAAAUUUUAGCGAACGGCGUACUAUCCGACCUGAGCAUCAAAAGAACGGAACGAACGGAUUCUGCACUAUUCACGUGCGUCGCCACCAAUUCCUUCGGUUCGGAUGAAACGACGAUAAACAUGAUUGUUCAAGAGGUUGCCGAAGUACCCUACGGAUUGAAAAUAUUAGACAAAUCAGGAAGAUCCGUUCAAUUGUCUUGGGCAGCACCGUACGAUGGUAAUUCUCCGAUCAAAAGAUACAUAAUCGAAUACAAAAUCUCUAAGGGAACUUGGGAAGCGGAUAUUGAUCGAGUUUUGGUACCCGGAAAUCAAAACGAAGCGGAAGUUUUUAAUUUGAGACCUGCUACGACUUAUAAUUUACGUAUCGUUGCGGAAAACGAAAUCGGUUCGUCUAAUCCGUCGGAUGUUGUCACCAUCAUCACGGCCGAAGAAGCUCCCAGUGGUCCGGCCACGGGUGUCAGAGUCGAAGCUCCCGAUCAGCACACGCUUAAAGUAUUUUGGAAACCGCCGGAGAAAGAAUUUUGGAACGGUGAAAUUUUAGGUUAUUACGUCGGUUACAAAUUGGCAUCCUCGGAAAAACCAUACCUAUUCGAAACCGUGGAAUUUAGCAAGGAAGAAGGAAAAGAACAUCAUUUGCAAAUCACGAAUUUGAAAACAUACACGCAAUAUGGAGUCGUCGUUCAAGCUUUUAACAAAGUCGGACCUGGACCCAUGAGCGAAGAAAUCAGGCAGCACACGGCCGAGGGCGUACCUGAAGCUCCGCCUCACGACACGACCUGUACGACUCUAACGUCGCAAACGAUUCGAUUGUCUUGGAUUUCCCCGCCUCUAUCGAGCGCAAACGGAAUCAUAAAAGGUUAUAAGGUCAUUUACGGACCCAGCGAAACUUGGUACGACGAAAACACUAAAGACACGAAAAUAACGUCAUCCUCGGAAACGAUACUUCACGGAUUGAAAAAAUUCACCAACUACAGCAUGCAAGUAUUGGCAUACACUUCCGGUGGAGAUGGAGUCCGUUCUUCUCCGAUUCAUUGUCAAACGGAACAAGACGCUCCGGAAGCUCCAUCUGCCGUCAAAGCUUUGGUCAUGUCCGCGGAAUCGAUUUUGGUGAGCUGGAAACCGCCAGAGCAACCCAACGGAAUCGUGAAUCAAUACACCGUUUACAUAAGAGAGGAUAAUGAUAAUUCGAAAGACGAACCCAGGAGUCAAAAAGUUCCACCCUUUCAAAUGAGUUACGAAGCUUCCGGAUUGGAUAAAAAAAAAAAAUACGAAUUUUGGGUCACGGCAUCUACGAACAUUGGAGAAGGACAACCGUCGAAAAGCGUGACGUUAUCACCCGGAAGCAGAGUUCCAGCGAAAAUCGCUUCGUUCGAUGAUUCGUUCACUGCCACCUAUCGGGAAGAUGUUAAAUUACCGUGUUUGGCCGUCGGAAUUCCAGCACCGGAAAUCGUUUGGAAAGUUAAAGGAAGUACUCUCACCGGAAACGAUCGGCUAAGACAAUUACCGGAAGGAAGUUUACUCAUAAAAGAAGUGACGAGGAGCGACGCAGGAGAAUAUUCUUGCUACGUCGAAAAUUCUUUCGGACGUGACACCGUCACUCAUCAUUUGCUCAUAUUGGCUCCUCCGCGGUCGCCCCAAGUUUCUCUCACGUCAACGACGACAAAUUCGAUCACUUUGAAACUCGCUCCUCAUCCGACGGAAUCCGUUCCUCUUCACGGAUACACUAUCCAUUACAAACCGGAAUUCGGAGAAUGGGAAACCCUUCAAGUCGCGAGUCAAGCUCAAAAAUACACUCUGGAAAAUUUAUGGUGCGGUUCGAGAUAUCAAAUCUACGUGACCGGAUACAACGGAAUCGGAACAGGUGAUCCGAGCGACAUAUUGAACAUAAAAACGAGAGGUUCGAAACCCGUCAUACCGGAAGCGAGAAAAUUCAUCGAAGUAUCCACGAACAGCAUAACGCUUCAUCUGUCCGCAUGGUCUGAUGCCGGUUGUCCAAUGCUUUAUUUCGUCAUUGAACAUAAGAAAAGGAAUCAAAUCGAAUGGAAUCAAGUGUCGAACAACGUGAAACCCGGUGGAAAUUUCGUCGUGCUCGAUUUGGAUCCCGCGAAUUGGUAUCAGCUCAGAGUGACGGCACACAAUAACGCGGGAUUUUCCGUCGCCGAAUACAAAUUUGCCACCCUCACGGUCACCGGAGGUACGAUAGCGCCGGCAAUCGAUCAAACAGGAACCGGAGAUUAUAAUUUGCAACUUCUAAUAUCGAAUUUGAAUUUAGUCGUACCCGUCGUGUCGUCGAUUCUUGUCAUCAUCGUUGCCAUAAUCGUCAUAUGCGUACUACGUGGAAAGAACACGCAGAACAAAGAUGACGUCGUUUACAAUCAACCAGGAAUGGGAUCAUCGACUUUGGAUAAAAGACGACCUGAUCUUCGUGACGAACUCGGGUACAUAGCGCCACCCAAUCGUAAACUUCCACCCGUUCCAGGUUCGAAUUACAACACGUGCGACAGAAUCAAGCGAGGUACAGUUAUAACUGGCUACCGAGGUGGAAUAGGUGCUACAUGGGAUCCAAGGAGGCAUUUAUACGAUGAGUUGGGACAAAAUGGGUGUCCGACGAGGCGGUUGCCUCCUCAUCCACACGGUGGCUCAGAUGAAACCUUACACACCUGCAGAGGCAUGGAAGACGAAAUAUGUCCGUACGCGACUUUUCACUUAUUGGGUUUCCGAGAAGAAAAUAUGGAUCCGUCGAAGGCUGGAGUUAAUUUUCAAACGUUUCCAUCUCAAAACGGAAGUCACGCGGGUACUUUGGGUCAUUCACACAACACGGGAACCAUGCAUCAAAGAUCCGGUUCGCAAUCCAUGCCACGUGGUACGCCGAGAUAUUCUAGAGUCGCCGGUCCGAAUUCUGCAUUUUCUCCGGAAUAUGACGAUCCGGCUAAUUGCGACGAUCACGAGGAUCCCUACGGUUCGCAAUACGGUCCAUAUGGGGGCCCCUACGAUCAUUACGGAAGCAGAAACAGCGUCGGACGUCGGAGUCUCGGUUCGAUUCGAAACAUACCGAUCAAUAACGGAAGUCCGGAACCUCCUCCACCGCCGCCUAGAAAUCACGAUCCGAACGAUUCGAAAGAUAGCAACGAAGUUUCCGAAGCCGAAUGCGAUCGCGAUCAACUCUUAGGAAAACAAGCCAACAGCAGGAGCGGAUCAAAGGAUGGAAUGACGACGGAAGAAAUGAGAAAAUUGAUCGAGAGAAACGAAGCAGGGUCCCAACAGCAAUUCCAAAACGGAUUCCUCACAGCCUACGAUACUAUGGCAGUGUAA